CUCUGGAGUGAUCUGCUUCUCUCUUUUGCUUUCCAGGAAACUUCAGGCUACUUUUUAAUUAUUAUAUACAUAUAUACCUACAUACCUCUGUGUGUGUGUAUUCUUUUGCAGUGAGCUAGAGUACUACUAUAUGCAUCUUCGAUCUCCGUUGGAAAUCAUGAGAGUACCAGAGAUUAUACUCUGCCGGCCGAUCAUUCCCUGUGUUGUCCUGCUAUUCCACCGUGCCAAUGCACUGCCGGGUACAGCUUCACCAGCAUCCAUUUCCUACGGACCCAAUGCGAAUCUCGACCAGUACUCUAUGGUUGUGGUCAUCCUGUUCCUCAUGUGUGCAUUCUUCUUCAUGGCCUUCUUUUCCAUCUAUAUCCGCGAGUGCCUCGAAUCUAGUGCCACCGUGAACCAGACCGCCGGUUCAGCGACUGCCGUCAACACGUGCAGGAACCAGGGUCUCGACCGGGCCAUGAUCGAGACGUGCUUCCCUAUCCUCGUCUACUCCACGGUCAAAGAUCUCAACGUUGGUAAAGGAGCACUCCAGUGCGCGGUUUGCUUGAGCGAGUUCGAAGACUACGAAACGCUACGUUUGUUGCCAAAAUGCGACCAUGUGUUCCAUCCAGUUUGCAUUGACGCCUGGUUAGCUUCUCAUUUAACGUGCCCAGUAUGCAGAGCUAUGCUUACGCAGGAUGAACUCGCUCCCGAAGAGGCACAAUCCCGGUUGUUGACUCAGGAGGACGCGACGACCUCCGAACUCGGUGAGGUGCAAAACGACCACAUUUUGAUUGAUAUUGACGAUGAUGAAAGCACGGCGGAGAUCGUGAGCUGUGAUCAGGGGAGUACGAGAAUAUCGGAGACUUUCCCGAGAUCGCACUCGACGGGCCACUCACUACUGGUUCAACGGGGAGAGCACACGGACAGGUGUACUCUGAGGCUGCCGGAGGAGCUGGCGAUCAGGAAGCAGAUUGUAGAGAGUACUGGCCGGAAGCUGAGGCGGUCAAGCAGCUACGACGUCGUUCUGGGCAGGCUAUGGAGCUCGAGGAACGGGUAUAGGAACGGUGGAGAUCGUGAAAAGUAGCAGAUGAGGGAAGCGUAGUAAUGUGGACCGGCGGUCCUCGUCUCUAGUAUUUUAACAUGGAAACGUUAAUAUUAGAAUCUUCGAUAUUUUACAUAUGAUAUAAAAUAUUUUAUAUUUUAUGGAAUACUACAAAUUAGAAAACGUUCAUCCACUCCAACAAAUUUGAGUUUUCGUAUCGGUUUAGCAACCAUCACAGAAUAUACCUUUUAGGAACGUACAGUUUCUUUACCAUCACUAAAGUUGGAAAACAAAAUACUAAAGUUCAAACAUUGAUGUUUAUACGUUCGA